AUGGCGGAUUUCAUCAUGCCCCGGACUGCUUGUGAGGAUCUAGGCACGCUAUCUUCGGACAAAAAGAAGCCCCCAUGCGGGUUGAGGGACGAACCCGCUAUUUACUUGACCACAUUGUGGUGUCUGCAGUGUUUUCGCUACAGAGUCCGCAAUUGGGAUCGUGGUCAGCCCUUUGACGUGGUGUGCACAAUCAGCACUGUUUCGCCGCAAAUGUGUACUUCUUGCAAAGACGCCAAAGACCAAUGUGAUUGGAUCCCGCAGGGUAUUCGGGGCCACGUUUUUGAACUUAUGGCCUUGAUCCAAUUCCUGGAAGAAUACUGGGGAGACAACUAUGACGUAUACGAGGGACUUCGCACUGUAGUCUGUGACCUCUGUGCUGCCUUUGAUCACCUGGUCGAGACACAUCGCAAAGCUCAUAUGCUGACAGGCAAUGUCUCUGAGAAAGCCAAAGCUGGCUAUUCUGCGUGGUGUAAUGCCAGAGAGCAUACGAUCCGUCCCAGUACCCAGUACACCAAGGCGCCGCAUCACAAGUAUGCUGUCCGAGCUACAGAGCAUCUCCGCCUUCGCAUGGGCGAAGAAGCAUCUAUCAGCUGGGCCGCCGCAAUUUGUGCAUUCAAAACGUCUGUCAAGGAAAUUAUUAGAGAAUUUACUCGUGACCUGGAACCUAUGCUCACUUCCGCAUACAUCAAUUGCGCCAUGGAACAGUUUCCUCUGGAAAUCCCCGAGCUUUGA